AAAAAAAAUGGAAUUAAAAGUUGGCUUACAAUUUGCAAGCUAUGAAGAGCUUACAGAUUUUAUUCAUUUGUACGAAGAGGAAACCAAACAAAAAUUAUGGAAACGAUCGAGUCGAACAUUAAAAAGUACAAAGAGAUUAAAAAAACAAUUUAAUGAAAGAAUUCAAUAUUAUGAGAUUCAAUACUCUUGCAUUCAUGGUGGUCAACGGACUCCGUCCAAAAGUAAAGGAUUGAGAAGAGUUAGUACUCUACGAGUGGAUUGUCCAUUUAAUAUUAAAUUACGAGCAAGUGUCGAUGGACAGUUUUUAGAAAUUCGAGGUUGCCACGAUCAACAUGAAAACCAUUCAGAUUACGUGAAACCACAAAAAAGUGAAAAAUCGAAAGAAGAGAAUUCUUCAAAGAAAAAACUGAAAACACGACCAUCGAAAUUAGAAAAAAAAUCAAAAGCACAAAAUAAUGAAAGUACGAAAGCGGAUGAAGUGAUUAGCGUGGAGAUGCUGUGUCGUUUGUGUGGAAAUCGAAGUGAACAUUUAAUAUCGAUCUACGAAGAUGAAGGUUUGGAGUAUCAACUACAAAUGAAAAUCAAUCGACAUUUACCAUUCAGAGUGGAGCGAACAGAUACAAACUUACCAAGUAGAUGUUGUUAUCAAUGCGCGAGCACGCUACUCACUUGGCAUGACCUGGCAGAGAUUAGUAUUGAGGCGGAUCGACGAUUAAAAACACUAUUUGGUGCUGUUACAGGAAAAAAACAUUUAGAAGAAUCAACACACGAAAAUGUUACGGAACAAAUGGAAUGGGAAUAUUUCGAAGAAGAAAAAAAUGAGAAGAAGAAUUCAUAUAAUGCUUCCACGAAUACCAAACAAGAAAGAUCUGAAGCAAUUGCUUUCGUCAGCUUUUCAUCAUUUCACAACGCACAGAAAUCUUUGUUAUCCAAUCAAAAUAUCCAACCUGCAUCAGCACAGCCUAUGGAAUGGAUUAAAACUGAAGAUCAUAGUGAUUCGGAUGAUGAUAGAGGUGAUAUUACAGCUUCACCUUUACCACCUAGUGAAGAAGAAAGUGUUCCUCAGAAAAAAGUUUAUACUUGUGACACAUGUCAAGAAACAUUCAAAACUUUAAAAAAUUUUAAAACACACUUGGCUGAAACGUUACAUAAAACACAAAGUCUACCAAAAGGACGACCUACAAACGAACCCAGGUAUUAUUGUGAGAUUUGUGACUAUGGAUUUCCUGAACGGGAUCUAAUGGUAGAACAUCGUGCGAAAGCUCAUCAAACAUCAAAUGAAACGGUUAAGAAUGAAAAUCACGAGCAAGAAUCAAAAUCACUUGGAGUAGAAAUUAAAACUGAGGAAUCUGAACAUGAAACAACUGUGCCAACAACACCAUCUUCAGAGGACAAAGAAUUAUGUAACAUUUGCAACUCAUUAUUUGCAAUUAAACACGAUUUAAAACGUCACAUUCGUAUACGUCAUCCAGAAAUCACACCAACGUUUAGCUGUGAUGUUUGUUCGAAAGAAUUUCCUCGAAAAUAUCAAAUGCAAAAACAUCGUAAAGAAUUACAUUCUGAUGUUCCAGAAAAGGAGACGCUCAAACGUGGUCGAACACAACAAAAUUCUGAUUUAUUGGCUCGAUGUAAAGUUGAUUAUGAAGGGAAACCUCAUUAUCAAUGUGAACAUUGUCCUCGGAUCAUUCAUAAACCGUAUCAAUUCCUUCGUCAUUUAACUGUUCACACGGGAGUGCGAGCUUUUUUCUGUCAUUUAUGUGGGAAAAGUUUUCGUUUACCCAGUGGUUUAACACGACACAUUAAAGAGUUACAUUAUGGUGUAAAAAAAUAUCCAUGCGAUAUUUGUGGACGGUGUUUUGCAUCGAAAAAUACUCGAGACGAUCAUGUAAAUAUUCACACUGGAGCAAGACCGUUUGUUUGCGAUUUAUGUGGGAAAUGUUAUAAACAAAAGGCAUCGUUAAAUAUCCAUAAAACUUUCCAUACCGAUGCGAAACCUCAUGUCUGUACACAUGAGGCUUGUGGUAAACAAUUUCGGCGUGCACACGAACUCAAAGUACACGGAUGGGUUCACACUGGAUACAAACCGUAUGCGUGCACCAUGUGUGACGUAACAUUUAGAUUAUCCCGAGGUUUAAAACGACAUUUACUAAAACGGCAUGGAAGUGGUAAAGAUGGUCAAACGACGAAUGUAACGAAACCAAGUGUUGUGAAGAAAGAAAAAAAAAGUCACGUUGAAAGUCAGCCAAAGAAAGAGGGGUCAACAAAUAAUGUGGUUGUGAUCGAUGAAGGAAGUGGAACUAGUGAUACGAAUCAAAUGGCUAAUGAAUAUUUUAAUUUUACGAGGAAUUAUUGUGGACCUUGAAGUUAAAUCACAUGAAUUUGUCGUUAGGUUAGGUUAGAUUAGAGUGACUGUCCUGGUGUUGGCCACAUUUGGACCAAAAAGUUCGUUGUGAUAUCGAAAAAGGGUUCCUUCAUCCUCUAUGAAUCAUUUAGAGCGUAUUUAAUAGCAGGAGCUUUGUUGACAACGGACUUUAUAUCGAAUAUUUCGCCAAAGAAAAAUUGGCUCAAGUGAGUCCAUCUCAUCAUGGCAAGAGUUGGAUAGUGACAAGAUGAGACAUGAACCAUUUGGAGCUGUUUAAGAACAGCAAGAGGGCUUUGACGUCGACUGACUUUAAGUCGGAGAAGUCGCCAAAGAGAGGCUGGCUCAAGUAAGUCCAUGUCCUCA